GUUUGUCGAGUGUGAUCUGCCAAGACACCCAGUUAACGUGGCACUGGAAGACAACAAAGUAUGCAUAUGGUGGACAUUCAAAUUAAUUAAGAUUCCAUACACUUCGACAUGGAUACCGAUUUGAAUAAUCACGUUAUUACACCUGGUCCAUACAGAGCCACCAAAUUGUGGAAUGAAGUGACCAAGCUCUUCCGUGCGGGCAUGCCCUUGCGGAAACAUCGACAGCACUUCAGGGUUUACGGGAACUGUUUCACCGCAGGGGCAGCGGUGGACUGGUUGCACGAACUCCUGAGAAAUAAUAACAAUUUUGGACCCGAGGUCACUAGGCAACAAACUGUGCAGUUGCUGAAAAAGUUCCUCAAGAACCACGUCAUUGAGGAUGUAAAAGCCAGAUGGGGAACUGAGGAGUUUGAAGACAAUGCUCAACUGUACAGAUUUCCUUCAUCGUCCCCUUUGAAGCCAAUCCCAAAUUACCCACCAGCCUUGAAAAAGAAAUCUGGCUCACUGAAAGAAAAAGAAGGCUUUUUCAAAUUCAGGACUUUAAAGAAAUUUGACAAAGAAACUCUGGAGAAUAUUGAUCCAGAAAACCAAGAGUCGUCAGAAUCUGUGCCUCAGGAAACUGUUAAUCGCAGAGAGAUGACUGUGGGAGAUGCUCAGGAAGUCUGGAGAAACAUAACUUUAACACAUUUACAGAAAAUAUUGGGAUUAAGCUCACUUGAAGAUGUCUUGGAUCCGACCCAAGUCAGCUCUGAACAUAUUGUUUACAACGUGACCCAUGUAAACAAGCAUGGAGUAGUUACUCUGGAAGACAAGACAGAUGACCUGCCACAUUGGGUUCUGUCAGCCAUGAAAUGUUUGGCAAACUGGCCCAAGUCUGAUUCCAGCCAGCCAUCUUACCCGGGUUUUGAGAGGGAUGUGUUUAAAACGGUCUCUGGCUACUUCUGCAGUUUGUCAGAGCCUCUCCUCACAUUUCAGUACUAUGAGUUGUUUGUCAACGUCUUGGUUCUGUGUGGUUACAUUUCUGGUCCCAAAGCGCACAGAGGCAAGCGUAAAAACCCAGAGGCGCCUCACUGCCCCAAGCCCUCCAAAAAUCCCCACCUAAACGCUGUUAACUUCAAGUCCACCGAGUGCCUGCUGCUCAGCCUCAUCCGCAAGGGUGGCUACGAGGAGGAGGACCAGGACGAGUCGCCCAUGAGGGAGGUGCUCAGCUCCAAGGUGCAGUCCAGGAGCGCAGCCCUGAGGGGAGGGUGUGCUGGGAAGGUUCGGGCGGCUCGCAGGGCCAGUGCCGAUGACCUGCUCGGUGGAAGCUGCCUGGACCUACCAGCUGCCGCGGGUCCCACCACCACCAUGAGACGCAGACCUCAGAGUUUCUCUCUGGCGACGACGACAAUGACGACGAGGGUGGUAACAGAUGACGCACCAGGGCAGAGGCGCUCGCAGCGAAUUCUCUUCAGGUCAGAGGAGAACUUGUUAUCCACCAGGAGUGACUGCAGCAGCGGCAGGUUCACCCAGCUUCCUCACGGCGAUACCCCUGCCACUCCCCCAGGCGGGGUCCUUAGGGUUGGGCACCAGGUGUCCGCCUCCAUGGCUAGCCUCUCCCGCAGUAGUAGCAGCAGCAACAGCAACAGCACAGACACUGACUCGGAGUUGUCUAGCCUCCCGGGCAGCACGCGCUACAUUGUGAACCAUCGCCCUUCGCUUAACACGGGCCCUCUCGCCCGACCAGCCCGGCCUAGAAGCAUGGGGAACCUGAUCGACAUCGCCGAGCACAGGGAGGAGUCCGCCAGCUGCUUCAGCAUCAACGUGCCGGUGGCCGAGAUCACCAUGAGGCCUGACUUCACCUCCACCGUAGACCUGAGGGGCCCGAGUUUGCGUUCUCUGAGCGGCAGCAGCCUGGACGUCCGGCCGGGUCUCUGCCUGAACCGGCGCUGCCAGAGCUCAGUGGAUCUCUUCAGGCCUCCUGUAGCCUCUGCUGCUGCUGCUGCUGUGUCUGCUACUACUGUGUCUGCUACUACUGCUGUGUCCACUCACACACGCCGCAUAAGUCCUGAUCAAACUCUCCUGCAGCCCCAGCUGGAGCGCGUGGCCAUCGAGGCCUUGCAGCUCUGCACACUGCUGCUGCCCCCCUGCAGCCGCCGCAAGCUGCAGCUGCUCAUGCGCAUGGUGUCCCGCAUGGCCCAGAACGUUGACAUGCCGCGCCUGCACCACGCCAUUGGUACACGCACGCUGAUGGUGCACACCUUCUCCCAGUGUGUGCUGAGCUGCCAGGAGGCGGAGGAUCUGGACGAGCUUCUGGCCAGCAGACUGCUCUCCUUCCUGAUAGACCACCACCAGGAGAUCCUGCAGGUCCCCGUCUACCUGCAGAACGCCGCCAAGGACCACAUCGCCUACCUCAACAAAGUACAGAUCAUGUGUCCAGGCACAGGCCCAGCGAUGCCCGCCUUCUCCUUCUGCAGGCAGAUCAGCACACAGGAGUUUGAGGAGCAGAGGCUCUCUGUCUCCCAGGCCGCCAUCGCUGACCUGCUGGAGAGCCUCAUCAGAGACAAAGCCAUGUCCGUAAAGGAGAAGAAAAAGAAGCUCAAGAUGUUCCAGAAGGAGUAUCCAGACAUCUACACCCGCAGGUUCCCCACCACUGCGAGUGAAGCUCAGCUGUUUGCAGACAAACCAAAGAUCAAGCCGCCCAUGCUCCUAGGCAUCAAGACCAAAACGUUCAGUAUUCGCAACUGAUUGAGCUUUAGUCUGUUUUUAGCUUCAGAUUUGAGAUUUUUACUAUUUGUGUCAUGGCUGAAGACUCCGUUGUAUCAUUUAUCUGAAGUUUUUUUUAUUAUGUGUGUGUUCCCCUUGUUGUCCCCGUGUUGUGUGUGUGUGUGUGCCGAUGUGUUCUCCUGUGUUCCCCUUGUUUUUUAAGUUGUUUCUCAAUGGUUAUUUAUUCGUAGUGCAUUGUUCGGUGUUUACAGAAUAACUUGUCCUAGCUUUCCUUGCUGUAUCACUUAUGCAGGGUAAUGGCUGGAUAUCCAGUCUCAGUGUGUAUCUCUUCCUCUGUCAAACUCUGUCUCUGUCUCUCGGCCAAUACUAUAGCAUGCGAAUGAACCCCGGCUCAGGAUUGGCUAUCUGCAGUGAUGGUGUGUGUAAUGAACCCUUGCUCAGGAUUGGCUAUCUGCAGUGAUGGUGUGUGUAAUGAACCCUUGCUCAGGAUUGGCUAUCUGCAGUGAUAAUGUGUGUAAUGCAUGAUGUUUGCAUUUGGCACAUAGGGUUAAAGCUGAUUGGUUAUUUCUGUUGUUUCAUAGAAACUCUGUUGGCAUAACGUUAAGGCCGUCUGUUUCCUGUUUUCAUCCGUGUCCUGUCUUCACUGUGCGCAUGAGUAACGUUCCAAAACGACUUCUAUUGUCGAGAUAUGGGACUGAAGGGAAAUUAUUGCACUAUUUUUGUAUAAUCUUUUACUGUAAUAUUGGUGUCUGUGGCUGAAAUUUUAAUAUCUCAUCUCCUCAACAUUGGGAUUUAGAUUAAACCGGACAAAUCUGUGAAGUAGACUGGUAUGAUUUUGGGAUAUAGCUUUUAUUCUGGUUUUUAUACUGUUUAGACAUCUAUCAUUUUGACUGACAUUCAUAUUUUUCUGAGCUGUUCUGAUGACCUAGCUCCAAAGUGUAAACCUCCAAACUGCACAGUGAAAGCAUUUACAUUUCUUUCCGUUUUUGUCUGUGUACCUCUUUAACCCCCAGUUAUAAGGCAUGUUUAACAGUUUUUGGUGUAGUUCCUUCUGUCUGAUGUAUUUAAACUGAAUUACUAUGCAAUAAACCGCAAAGAGAAAA